AUGAAAUAAAAACUUUAUAAAUGGAUCACUCUUGACGACAUAGAACAAGGAGAUAUUUCCAUUUAUCUUUAAUUAUAUCAAUAAUAACCUAAAAAUUAUGGAGAAUGGUAAACUAUUUAAGGUACUGAUAUCUUGACAAAGAAUAAGAAACAAAUUGAACUAUCAUAUCAUUAGCCUAUUGUAAAUAAUUCAAUUUAUUCAAUUAUUGGAGUAGCAUAUUAUGAUGAUAAAGAUAAUUGUUUAAAAAUUAUAAUAGAACAUUUAAAUGAAUUAUUUGACUUUGACAUUGAAUUGCAUCAAUAUACAUAUGAAUAAAUACAAAAAUUAACUAAAUAAUAAUGA